UACGAUUUGAAUUGUGCUCCAUGAAUUCAACUGUCAACAACAAUCAAUUUGCAGUUGCCAAAAAACUAUUUAACUGAUUCGCCCAAAACGUCAAAUCAACCGACACGAAAAUGCCGUGCGAAAUGAUAACCCUGCAAUUGGGCCAAUGCGGCAACCAAAUUGGUUUCGAAUUUUGGAAACGUUUGUGCGCCGAACACGGCAUCAAUCCGCAAGGCAUACUCGAGGACUUCGCGACCGAAGGCAUAGACCGCAAGGACGUGUUCUUCUAUCAGGCUGACGAUGACCACUACAUUCCGAGGGCCGUGCUCAUGGACCUGGAGCCCAGGGUGAUCAAUUCAAUACUGAAUUCGCCCUACUCGAAGCUGUACAAUGGCGAGAAUGUGUUUUUGUCGAAGAACGGUGGUGGUGCUGGCAACAACUGGGCCUCCGGCUUCUCCCAAGGUGAGAAGCUCAACGAGGAGAUCUUCGAUAUAAUUGACAGGGAGGCGGACGGCAGUGACAGUCUGGAGGGUUUCGUGCUCUGUCAUUCGAUCGCCGGAGGCACGGGUUCGGGCAUGGGGUCCAACAUUCUGGAGAAACUGUCGGACAGGUUCCCGAAAAAGUUGGUGCAAACCUACAGCGUCUUCCCCAACUUGGACGAGAUAAGCGACGUGGUCGUACAGCCCUACAAUUCGCUGCUGACGUUAAAACGUCUCACUGAAAGUGCUGAUUCUGUGGUUGUGCUGGAUAACACUGCUCUUAACAGAAUUGCAGCCGACAGGCUCAAAAUACAAAAUCCCACAUUCACACAGAUCAACAGUUUGGUCAGUACCAUCAUGUCAGUUUCCACCACAACUUUGAGAUAUCCAUCAUACAUGAACAAUGAUCUAAUGGGACUAUUGGCCCCAUUGAUUCCAACCCCCCGCCUGCAUUUCCUGAUGACAGGCUACACGCCCCUGUCCACCGACACCGACGAGGUGAACAUCAGAAAAACAACAGUCCUGGACGUGAUGAGACGUCUCCUCCAGCCCAAGAACAUGAUGGUUUCGACUUCCCAAGACCGCCACUCCCAGCACUGCUUCAUUUCCAUCCUCAACAUCAUUCAAGGUGAGGUGGACUCCACACAGGUGCACAAGAGCUUGCAAAGAAUCAGGGAGAGGAAGCUGGCUCAGUUCAUACCAUGGGGACCAGCCAGCAUUCAGGUGGCUUUGAGCAGAAAGUCACCAUACAUUCAGACUGCACACAGAGUGUCUGGGUUGAUGUUGGCCAAUCACACCAACAUAUGUUCUUUGUUUGAGAGAGCUCUCACACAGUACGAUAAAUUAAGGAAGCGAGAAGCAUUUUUGGACCAGUUCAAGAAGGAGGAGAUGUUCAAGGAUAAUCUAGAUGAGUUGGAUAAUAGUAGGGAAGUUGUACAAGAUUUAGUUGAUGAAUAUAUAGCAGCAACAAGCCCUGAUUACAUCACUUGGGAACCAUAAAAUUGGUUAAUUGAAUCUGUUAUUUAAUUUUAUUAUUAUUGGUUUAUACUUGCUUAAUAUAAUCAAAGAUCUGAAGCCCUAAAUUCAUUUCACGUUCAGUUUAGGUUUAGAGUUGGUUAACUAUGUUGUGCCAUUUGUAUAGUAUUUAUUUGGUAGUUUUUUGUACUGUUUCACAAUAAAGUUGUUGAACUAUU